CGACGCCACAGACAGCGCACAACUCUGUCAAGAAACUUUUCAGCUAUCCCCGUCGUGUUUUUAGUGCCAUAUCUCCACCAAAAACAGCUAAUAACCACCCCGACACUGGUCCGGACGAAGGGGGGAGCCAUGGCGGGCGUAUAUCCUUGGGGCUUGAGCACAGUCAAUCCAGUCCAACAGUCCAGACCCUACAUAGAGAUCAUUGAGCAGCCCAAGCAGAGAGGCAUGCGAUUCAGGUACAAGUGCGAGGGACGGUCUGCUGGCAGCAUCCCUGGAGAGAAGAGCAAUGAUACCACCAAGACGCACCCCGCCAUCAAGGUGCACAACUACAGCGGUCCCCUGCGUGUCCGCAUCUCCCUGGUGACCAAAAAUCCCCCGCACAAGCCCCACCCCCAUGAGCUUGUCGGGAAAGACUGCAAACAUGGCUUCUAUGAGGCUGACCUGCAGGAACGGAGGAUACACAGUUUUCAAAACCUGGGCAUUCAGUGUGUGAAGAAAAAGGAUGUGAAUGAAGCCAUCACCUGUCGCCUGCAGACCAACAACAAUCCCUUCAACAUUCCCGAGGCCAAAGUAUGGGAGGAGGAGUUUGACCUGAAUUCGGUGCGGCUGUGUUUUCAGGCCUCCAUCACCCUGCCCACGGGGGACCUGUACGCUCUGGAGCCCGUGGUGUCACAGCCCAUCUACGACAACCGAGCGCCCAACACGGCUGAGCUGAAAAUCUGCAGAGUCAACCGCAACUCGGGCAGUUGCAAGGGUGGGGACGAGAUCUUCCUCCUCUGCGACAAGGUGCAGAAAGAGGACAUCGAGGUGCGCUUCUUCCAAGACGCGUGGGAGGGGAAGGGCACAUUCUCCCAGGCCGAUGUCCACAGGCAGGUGGCCAUAGUGUUUCGCACCCCUCCCUACCACAACACCAACCUCUCCAAACCUGUCAGUGUCAAGAUGCAGCUCAGGAGGCCGUCCGACAAGGAGGUCAGCGAGCCAAUGGACUUCCAGUACCUGCCUCAGGACCCAGAUGAGUUCAGAGUAAGUGUGAAGAGGAAGUGCACUGCCGAUAUCUUCCAGAGUCUAAAACAGAGCUCCUCUCUGUCUUCAGUGACCAUCCCACCAGAAAGGAGACAGCUCACCAUCCCCAGGAGAACUGUUCAUAUCAAACCUCCAACAAUGAACCCACAGCCAGUAGUGGCGCCCCCUGCUGUUGCAUCCGCUAGACCACAACCUGCCUAUUGCUACCCCCAGUCCUCCCAGUCAUUCUCACACCAGCCCAAAGUGGAGCCCUCCCCCUCCCUUUGCUCCAUCUCCUCCACCACCAACUCACCCUGGAAGAUCGAGGGCCUGACCCUAUCCAGUCACCCCAAAGCCACCCCAGGGUCACUACCGAACUUCACUCAGAACCAACCACAGGCUAGUGCACCCCAAUCUCAACCUUCCACAUCCCAGGACUACUCCACCAUCAACUUGCCUGACCUCCAUGAAUUCUUCCCAAACUUCUCUUCUGCCAUAGGGUUAGAACCUCCAUCUUCCCAGCCCUCCUCCUCUUCCUCCUCCCAAAUGCAGAGCUCACAGUACCAUAUGGAGAGUGCCAUAGAUUAUGAUGAUUUCCCAAGUAUUUCUGAUGCGCCGGACGGCGGAACAUUGGAGAGCCUCAACAUGGAUGACUUUGUAGAUCUGGUCAACCCAGUCAACCGCCACCAAGUGAGCGAGGGCGCGACGAAUCAUGCGGGGUGUCACCAGUUAUCUAGUGUGGCUAACUCUAACACCCACCAAACUGCAGUGGAAGGGAACCCAGGUAGCACAUGGAUGGACUACCCCACCAGCAUAACAGACUUGCUCAAUAAUGAAAACAUGAUUGACACUUUAGGUAGUAGCAACAACAGUGUACCGCAUCAGGAGAUUGGAGAGUUUGAGGGGUUUAUGUCCACAGACGAUGACAGGUUUAUUUCAAUACUUAACAGCUAAGAAUUCUCUGUUUUUAUUUUUAAGUUUGUCACAAUGUGGUAUAACAACUUAUGGACUUGCUAAUUGUAUUAAGAUAUUGGAAAGAUGCAUUAUAAGGGCUGACAGACUAUGUAACAAAACCUCUGCAAACAUUUUUCAGAUACAAUUAAAUCUGUUCUUAUCAUAUCAUGCAUUUUAGGGCUGGGUCAUAAAGCUAAAAACUAAAAGCUUAACAUGUUCACUGGUGCAAUAAUUCCAUGCUUGUUUGGCUAAUGUAAACAACAACAUAGACUUUUGCACAAUAAAAACAUAAUUUCUUCAUCAGAAAAAUAUUUUACAAAAAUAUAUUUUUGUAGCUGUAUGACAAAAGGGGUGUAAUAAUGUUAUAAAUAACAGAAUUAGAAUAAGCAUUUUAAUUAUUUUAUUAACACAUAAAAAACGUAUGUUAUUUGGGAACAUAAACCAAAUUAUACAGUAUUAUUAAUAACUAUUUUUAAUCACAGUUAAACUAAUUCUGAAAAUGUUAAAACAGUAAUAUGGCUGUUACUGUUCAAGCAAAGUGUACGUUUUCUUUGACAUUAUGGACUUUGACUUAGUUGGAACUUUACUGCCAGUCAUUAUGGCAAAUGAUUUUAUUCCCCAGCCGUAAUUGCAUGUAUUACUUAAUUGCUUUUGACAAACCACUUUACAGUUACGCAUUACCUAUUCUUUGCCAAAUAUGAGAUUUUCUGCUCUUCAGAUCCUGUAUAACACAAUGUUAAUUAUAUCCUUCCACAAAACAGAGGCUUCAAUUGUGAAUUGAAAUGACAAUAAUUUGGUCACAAAUGUAUAUGUCAAGGAUGUUGAUUACAUUUAACUAUUAUUGUUGUAUUGUUAACAUUUUUGAAGAUCAGAAAUGACUGUGACAAUGGUGCCUUAAGUCAAUUUUGUAAACACAAUGUAAUGAAGUUUCUAUGUAAAAAGUACAUGCUAGUAGUUAACGUUGUACAGAAUGUUCUCACAUAUUAAAGUUGGUUUUGGAACAACUGGA